GGAGGAGGCGGGGGGGAAGCUGCUCUCCCGUCCGGCCCGCGGCAGGAAACAAAGAGCCAGGCAGGCAGCGGAGAGAGGGCGGCGGGGAGACGGGGAUGCUGCAGCCACAGAGCAGGUCUCGUAAUUGGGAAUUUAUCAACAUUUCCACUGGGGUAAUUUUACAGGAUUAUCUGCCCUGUGUUCUUCCUGCUGGUUCAUCUGGACUCUGUGGAGUUUGCUGCUAGCAAUGAAGCCUUCUGUGGGGGUUUAUUCACGCUAUUACUGAAAUGGAGCCAUUCGCAUUUGGAUUAACGCUUUAUUCACUUUCCACUUGAAUCGCUUGGAUCAGUCCAUUUAUAAAAAGGAGACUACUAUGCAUCUUUUUUCUGUUUGCAUAUUGAAGUUGAACUCGGUGCAUCCUUGAUGUGUUCAGGCUGUUUACUUUGCUUGAAUGUUAGAGGAAGAACUGAAAUAUAAAGAUAGAUGAGACUAUAAUACUGCAUGGGCAGCACUCCUAGUGUUCAGCCAUAAGUGGCUUCUAAUCUGGACUUGACUGGGAGCAUUGCAAAGUUGAUGACAGGGGGUGCAAAUCCAGAGCAGUGUGAAAUUUCCUUACUUUUUUCUGGCAAGUUUUUACUGGAAUGCCCAAAGAAAAGUACGAUCCACCUGAUCCACGGAGGAUGUACACAAUUAUGUCCUCAGAGGAAGCAGCCAAUGGAAAGAAAUCAAAUUGGGCGGAGCUGGAAAUAAGUGGGAAAGUAAGAAGCUUAAGUUCAUCUUUAUGGUCACUGACCCAUUUGACAGCUUUGCAUCUCAGUGACAAUUCCUUAUCCCGUAUUCCUUCAGACAUUGCCAAGCUUCACAAUCUGGUCUAUCUGGACCUGUCCUCUAAUAAAAUCCGUAGUUUACCAGCAGAACUCGGAAACAUGGUGUCACUCAGGGAACUCCAUUUAAAUAACAACCUGUUACGGGUUCUACCAUUUGAGCUGGGAAAACUAUUUCAGUUACAGACAUUAGGUCUGAAAGGAAAUCCACUUACGCAGGAUAUACUGAACCUCUACCAGGAACCGGAUGGAACACGAAGGCUCCUGAAUUAUUUGCUUGAUAAUUUGGCAGGUACUGCAAAAAGAAUUUCAACAGAACAACCACCUCCAAGAUCUUGGAUUAUGUUGCAAGAACCAGACCGAACAAGACCAACAGCCUUGUUUUCUGUCAUGUGUUACAACGUACUUUGUGAUAAAUAUGCCACCCGGCAGUUAUAUGGCUAUUGUCCAUCGUGGGCACUGAACUGGGAGUACAGAAAAAAAGCCAUUAUGCAGGAAAUCUUGACCUGCAAUGCUGACAUCAUAAGUCUUCAGGAGGUUGAAACUGAACAGUACUACAGUUUUUUCCUGACAGAACUGAAGGAACGUGGCUAUAAUGGGUUCUUCAGUCCAAAAUCUAGAGCUCGGACAAUGUCAGAACAGGAAAGAAAACACGUUGAUGGCUGUGCAAUAUUUUUCAAGACCGAAAAAUUCAUCUUAGUUCAGAAACAUACUGUUGAGUUCAAUCAAUUAGCUAUGGCAAACUCAGAAGGGUCUGAAGCGAUGCUGAACAGAGUUAUGACAAAAGAUAACAUUGGAGUUGCAGUGUUGCUAGAGCUGCGAAAGGAAUUAAUAGAAAUGUCAUCUGGAAAGCCACAACUUGGGAUGGAGAAGCAGCUAGUUCUUGUAGCUAAUGCACAUAUGCACUGGGACCCUGAGUAUUCUGAUGUGAAGCUGGUUCAGACUAUGAUGUUCCUCUCUGAAGUAAAGAACAUUAUUGAUAAAGCCUCUCGUAACCUCAAACCUGGACUUUCGGGAGAACUUGGAACCAUUCCACUUGUACUGUGUGCAGAUCUCAAUUCUCUGCCAGAUUCUGGUGUUGUUGAAUAUUUGAGCACUGGUGGGGUGGAAACAAACCAUAAAGAUUUUAAGGAACUGAGAUACAAUGAAAGUCUUACCAACUUCAGUUGUAAUGGAAAAAAUGGAACAACGAAUGGAAGGAUUACGCAUGGUUUCAAGUUGAAGAGUGCCUAUGAGAAUGGCCUAAUGCCUUACACAAAUUACACAUUUGACUUCAAGGGUAUUAUUGACUACAUCUUCUACUCUAAACCUCAGUUAAAUAUACUUGGCAUUCUUGGACCUUUGGAUCAUCAUUGGUUAAUAGAGAACAAUAUAAGUGGCUGUCCACAUCCACUCAUCCCUUCGGACCACUUCUCACUUUUUGCACAACUGGAGCUUUUGCUGCCUUUCCUGCCUCCGGUAAAUGGAAUCCAUCUCCCUGGCAGGAGGUAGUCAAGUACAACUUAGAGGGUAACCUCAAUUUAACUUGUAAAAUUGUAAAAUCUGAAUAUAGAGGAGUGAGGUAUGGCCAACAGGGAUUUUUUCUUAAUGAUCUUAAUUUUAAAUCUAAUUAUUUGAUAAAGACAUAGUAAAAGCCAGGUGCUAUCAACAGACACAAUUCUGAGCCCAAUAUACUUUAUAUACUGUUAAACAGGAAUUGGUGCAUAUGCACUUUUCUUCAAUUUGUUACAAUUAAUCAUCCUGUUUCUUCUCUAUCCAACAUAACACAUUCAUGCCUUGAAAUAGAGAAUUGUUAUACAGUAUAUUCUCUUUGCACAGAUAUCUGUAGCACUACUUUUUUGAGGCCAGUAGUAACAUCGAGAACAUUCUUCCGUACUUCACUCCCUCCUUUUUCAGACUUGCUUGUAAAAUAUAGAAUUUGAAUUUAGCCUUUAUUGAUUGUAUAUGAACAACAGAAGACCUGAUUUAUGAGAUUUUGUACUUUAAAAAAAUCAGAUUUGGAAAAUGAUUGAUUGUAUUGUAAACUAAGGCUAAAUUUUUAUCUGUUUUCAUGUGUUAUAAAGGCCAGCUUGUAAAAGAAGUUGCAACAGGUUUUCUCUGCUAAUGAUUUGCACUUGUUAGGGUUUUGUUAGCCCUUUUGUACUACUUUUAUUUUCAGUUGAGAACAUUGCUUUUUAAAUCUAAAUCUGUAAAAUAUUGGCAAAUAUCUUAAUUAAAUAUAUGCAUUUGUCUUUUUGAUUUAAAAAGAAAAACCAUAAAGUUCUCACAGAACAGACAAGCUAAGCAGUGAAUGAUGAGUAGGUCUGUAUGGACUGAAAGUUAUUGUUGAUGUGUGUGCAUUCUAAUAUUUUUAUCUCUGAUUUUUGAAGUAAAAUUAGGGAUGCUUGUGUACAGCUUCUUAAUUUUUAUUUUAAAUGCUAUUUGUCCUAUCUGCACUGUGCCUGCUUAAAUUUGUUCUCAACUAGCACUGCCUGUGCAUGCAGAGAAAAUCUGUGCAUCCUCUUUUAUAUUUUUUAAAUAAUGUUAACACUUGUGAAAAUUUUAUGAAGAUACUUUUGUAUAAGCUGUGGCAUCUUUAUUUCCUCUUGAAGCAUUGAAUACACACUUUUUGAACAUGUUCAGAUUAUGGGUACACAGUUCCUAGCUUCUAAUACCUAAGCACUGCUUCUUUCAGUGUCAUCGCACAGUGCUAUUUUUUCACAAAGAAAUACUAUCAUGUGAAUCCUUUUCAGUUUAAGUGUGUUCCUCAGUCUCAGAGACCGUAUCAUUCCUUGAAGAAAAAAAAUUACAUUUUCUGUUUAUGAAGCAGUGUAAAUUAGAUACAUUUUCAGUACAGGUCCCUAAGAUAAUUCUUCAGAUCAUUUUUAAAGUGACCAAGUCAUAUUUUAAAGUGUCAAGCAAGACUAAAGUUAAAUAGUGUACCUUCAUAGUGCCAUUAGUGUCAUAAAGCCAAGUAUAAAACAGCUAAUAAAUUUAACUUGGACUUAUAAAAGGGAGAAUUUAUCCACUCCUCCUUAACUAAUACACUUUCAAAAAUCAAUGUAAUUAAUUGAGAGAGAGAGAGCGAGAGGAAGCUUGGUCUAACUGCUUUUGUUUCAACUGCAGGCAGGGAAGCAAAAGGACACUGAGCAUUACUAGAAAUUUCUGAAUAUUAUAAAUUUUUGUAUAGAGAAUGAGUUAGGUAAUAAUGAUUCAAAAUUUUAUGAAGAGAAAAUUGUCAGCACUUAAAUGUGCUAAAACCAUUCUGUUUUAAAAUAGAAGUAAAAUUACAAAUAGUUCUGAUCUACAAAAUGUGUGUUUUAAAUUUCAGUAGGAAAAGUCUUGAUCUUGAAUCCUUGUCUGGGACCUGAUUUUGUUUUGUUUUUUAGUUGUGCAAACACCAAACAUGUCCAAUUUAUAAUCAGUACAUUGAAAUGCUGGUAGUAUUGAUGUAGUAGAUUUAAUGCUUAGUGUUAUUUUUUUCCUGUUUGUUUUUUUUAUUUUGUUUUUUGUAAAGUGUGAAUAAAAGGUGUUUUACUCAUGUUUCCUUAACAAUGUGUUGGUAAUGCGCAUCAUGACAAUUUCCAGUGACGAUGAGCCUAUUUAGCUUGUCAAACUGAGCAAACCUAUUUUUUUUUCCCUGAUCUGGAUUAUAUAAUAGGUCCAGAAAGCUUUACGGAAGGGGAAGGGAAGCACUUACUCAUUUUGUAUUUCUGGGAAAUAAUUUACUUUCAUACAUGCUGGAGCUUGAGUGCACUUGUUAGAUUCAAAAGGUUUGAGCUUUACACAAUACCUUUUCACCUGUAUUUGGUAGUCUUUUAAAUAUAUUUGAAUUUAUGGCAGCCUAUUAAAACAUUAUGGCCCUUUGUGUGUUGAAGACACAAUUGCUCUUCCCUGGACACACUGCCAUCUAUGGGUCAGUUUGAACGACUUUUCUCCUUCUUUUAGACUAAUCCUGUAGGGUCUGAUCUAAAGCCCACUGAAUGUAGUGAAGAGAUUCCUAUUGACUUCAGUGGGUUUUGAGUCAGAUGCUAAGGCUACGUCUACAUUACUGCAUACUUUGGCAUACCUUAUGUCGCUCAGGGGUGGGAAUAACCCACCCCCCGAGUAAGUUACACCGACAUAAGCGCUUGUGUGCACGGCACUAUGUCAUUAGCUUCUGCCAUUCAUGGAGGUGGUUUUAUUAUACUGAUGAGAGAGCUCUCUCCCAUUGGUUAGAGCGUCUUCCCCAGACACACUGCAGGGGCGCAGCUGCAUUGGUACAGCUGUGCCAUUGCAGCAUUGAACAUGUAGACAUCCCUAAUAACCGUGACUCUGAAGCCUACUGAAGGAGAAAUUUUUUAACAUAUGGGAAAAGAUCAGAUGCGCCAAUACUGGACUGAUGUAAACUUCGUUAAACAAAUUUAAAAUAAAUAUUUUCCUGUGUUAAACAAAUCUCACUCAACGUCUCAGUUUUCAAUUGCAACAUAAACAAAAUAAUGCAAUAAACCAUCUUUAUUUACAAAAUGCAACAUCUUUGCAUCAGAAACUCUGACAUAAAAUGGUUACUUGCAAUACUUUUAUUUAAGGUGGCUUUAGAUGUUGCCAUAAUGUACCUUCAGUGUUGUUGUUGUAAAAGCACAUAACAUAAAAAUCAUAGAACAUUGGGUUGAGGUGUUUCAUUCAAGUUAGACCAGAAAUUUUGGGCCCAUUGUUUUUUACCAUUUGGUGAAAACCUCAAGUAUGGUCUGCCACAACUUUGGUAAUUAUUUACACGUACAAAAGAAUUCUAAAUUUAAUUUGGGGGUAUACUUUAAAGAAGUGGAAACAAAUAGAAAACAUUGAUAUACAGAUUGCAACUUUAACAUAUAUCAGAAGUAGGCAAAGAAAAACCACUUGGAGAUGUUUGUAAUUAUUUUGUCCCUUCAGUGGCUUCAACAAAUUAAAUAUGGCUAGCAUUUUGACAAUAAAACUGAUUUGAGUUCAGAAUACAGUGGCAUACAUUUCUGGUCUAAUUUUAACAAAAGAGAUUGUAAGUUCAUCUAGGAUGUAAGCUUAGAAAAGUAGCUUAAGGUGUCAAAUUUGCAUUUUAGCCAUGCAGCAAAAAAACAAACCAAAAACUCCACAUUAAAGACAAAAUAAUUACAACCCCAUUUAAAAGAAACAAAUCACACUGUAAAACUUAUGACUAUUUCAAUUUACUGCUUAAUUAGUCUUUUUUCAUCCAGCCUUACACAGUUUUUUAGUAUAUGUUAACUGCUAUUCUUUUUUGUUUGCAUAAAUUUUGACACUUAAAUGUCUUGGUAUGUUUAAGUAGUGUCUAAAAUAGAAUAUCUUUAGUCUUUAUUCACAGUACUUCUGUAUAAAGUGUAAUGCACUGGACUAACUCUUGUUUACCAUUCAUUUAACAAAAACCAGCACAUUAUCUGCACUAAGCUCAAAGAAUGUUGCAUUUGUCAAAAGGCAGCUCUUCAAUAAGAUAAAGGGGGAAACUGAAUAUGGUCUGAUGGUAAACAAGGGCUUUUACUGUUCUCUUCAGUGGAACUUUCUUCUUGGUCAAAUUUUAACUAGCUAGUAUUAUAUUUAUAUACAGGGUCUUCUUUUUUUCUUUACCAAUGUAUUUUCCUACUCAUAGCUGACCAAUAAAUUCAAUAUCUGUUUCAAA